AUGAACAACCACAAUGGCGAAGACCAGGCUCAGUCGCGUAAAGAGAUGGCCUUAGCGGUCACACAUGAAAUAUGUUGCUCCGUGUGCGGUGGGAGCAGUGGUACGAAUACCAGACGCUUAAUGGAAGCCGUAGCGAUUGCGCAAGCACAAGCGCAAGCUGAGGCGGCCUACAGUAGGCAAUUGCACAUCGAGCGCCAGAUGCUACAACUCGCGUUUGGAGAGGUGAUCCACCGUAUGUGUAGAGUCAGACAACGUUUGGAGGUUAAUUAG